AUGUCUACCAGGCAUGACACAACAGGCACUGGUAAGGGCUCGAGACAAGAACUUGAAGCCCUUCCAGUCGACGUGCUUCUGGCAAUACUCUCUGCGUCUCACAAUACAGACGACUUGUGCUCGAUCGUGCGCUCUUCUAGAGUAGUCUACGACGUGUUUCGAUCUGCAAAGCGGACUGUCCUGAUCAACAUCAUGGCUAGGGACCUUGGGUGGUCUGGUUUACUGACCGCCACCGCCGCGACUUUGAUAACUCCUAUAACGAUUCGACAUGGAGCUGGGGACGGGAAAGAUGCAGAGGGCGCCAUCAAACUUUACGAAUCAAUUUUACAUGGGGAUUGUGGGCUAUCGUUUGCACGGGGUCUUUCAGAGGUCGAAUUCGCGAAGCUCGUGGGAAUCAGCCGUGCUGUGCAGUUUGUUGUGGAUCAGUACGGCGCGACCAGACUUCCAAGACUGCGGGAGAUACACCCUGAUGCUGCACGGGAGCUGAACUUCCGUGAACGACAGCGGCUUGCGCAUGCUUUACUCCGACAUCAAGUUCUAGCAUCUAUACAGUCACUCGGCGCAAUGACAGCGGGAACAGUAAUCUACGAACAAUUACUUGAGAUCUUCCGGCCCUGGGAGAUUCAGCAAAUUACUGAUGCCCAUAGCUUCCUGCGUGCAAUGGCGUCAUUUGUGUUCCCCUCUUGCGAGCGAAUCCCGCGAAGCUUGUCGAGAGUCUACAUGACAGGGCGAGAGUGGUGGCGAGACUCGGACGAGCAAGAGGCGAUGAGUGAUCUGGGCGUGAUGCGUGAGAGAUUCCUCGAGAAAUUUGGGCAUAAAACCAUGGCAGAUUUAGAGAUGGGACUGGCCAUAUCUCAAGGGGAGCGGGAAGCAAGGCAUAAUAUGAUGCCUACGAGUUCCAACUUCCUUGCCGCGGGCCCACUGCCACAGACAAGCUCUAGUCAAGUCCCCGAGCAAUAUUGGAGCCUCCGGGACGAGAUAUACCAACGAGAGGAUGCUCUGCCUGGGCUGCUUGUAGUUGAAGACGACAAAGAUGGCAACCAAUCGGCUCCAUUUGCAUGGGUUGAUGGGCACCGUGGAAUUGAUUGCCAGCGAUGGGGGGAACAUUUGUUCCGAGAAACACUACAACCGGGACAGGGAAAUCUGACCUUCCUCCAGAUAAACUGGACUCGACUGAUUGUUCGCCAGUGGCGGUGGUUGGGCUUCAUGUUCUGGGACAGGGAGCGGGCAGAGUUACUCAAAUCCAAGCUACCAGAAUAUGCAACUGGUUGGCUUACAAGACCUCCGCCUUCUGACGAUAAUUUGUCCCUAGAGGAUCUUUGA